AUGGUUCCGUGUGGGGCGGAAGGCAGCAGCGACGAAACAACGCAAAGAGUGGUUCGCUGUAGCGAGCAGGCGCGGCCCCCCCCCUGGCGGCCCGCCAAGAUGGACCUAUGGCGCAGCGAACCUAUGCAGCGCAUUCGGCUGAUGGUCCCUGCCGAGGCCGCCCGCGAAACGAUUGUGUCGUUGGGUGAGAUUGGGCUGGUGCAGUUCGUGGAUCUGAACCCCAACCGCAGCGCAUUUCAGAGAACCUACGCUACGGAGGUGAAGAGAUGCGACGAGAUGACGCGCAGGCUGCGGUUCUUCAAAGAACAGGUGGCUAAAGAGGACCUCCCGACUGGUGGAAGGGGGUUGGACAAGGGCAUCUCGUUGGAUGAGCUCGAGGCCCGUCUGGAAGAGCUUGAACGUGAGCUGCUUGAGGUGAACGCUAACAGCGAACGCCUCCAGCGGACGCGAAGUGAGCUGGUUGAGCUGCAGCUUGUGCUGGAGAAGGCUGGAAGCUUUUUUGAAGAGGCCAGGGGCAUUGCGCAGCCCGAGUUCCUGGACACAGGUGCACCACAAGACAUUGGUGCACCCCUGUUGGAGAGUGCUCAGCCGGUUGAGCACAAGGUUGCUCGGGUUGGAUUCCUUGCAGGGCUAAUCCCCAAAGAGAAGCUGGAGAAUUUUGAGCGCCUGCUGUUCCGUGCAACGCGAGGCAACAUGUUCCUGAAGCACUCAGAUGUUGGCACAAUAAAGGAUCCAGCCACAGGGGAACACUUGGAGAAGGAUGUCUUUGUGGUUUUCUAUGCUGGCGAGCGGGCAAGAACUAAGAUCAUGAAGAUAUGCGAAGUGUAUGGUGCCAACACCUACCCGUUCCCAGAGGAGGCUGCUCGCCAGCGCCAAAUGAACAGUGAGGUGACAAUGCGCCUCAGAGAACUGUCAACAACUAUAGAAGCUGGAGAAAGGCUGAGGUAUGAGGUGCUGCGCACCUUAGCUGCCAACAUCACAGGCUGGUGUGAGAGGUUAAUCAGGGAAAAGGCCACCUUUCAUGUCAUGAACAAAUUGUCUGUCGACAACUCACGGAAGGUAUUGGUGGGUGAGGCGUGGGUACCAGUGGAUGCCCUUGAGGAAGUCAGAGACGCUCUUGUGACAGCUACGGAAGUCAGCAGUGCUCAGACCAGCACCAUCCUGGAGCACAUGCGUCCUGAGGGUCCUCCUCCCACGUAUUUCAAGACAAACAAGUUUACAGAAGGUUUUCAGUCGAUUGUGGAAGCUUAUGGAGUUGCCCGUUACCGGGAGGUGAAUCCUUCAGUAUUUACCUGUGUGACAUUUCCCUUCCUCUUUGCCGUCAUGUUUGGCGAUUUGGGGCAUGGUAUCCUCAUGCUGCUGUUUGCCCUCUUCAUGGUCAUUCGUGAGAAGGCACUGAGCAAGACGAAGAAUGAUAUGUUCGAGAUGCUGUUUGGGGGCCGCUAUGUCAUCCUCAUGAUGGCCAUUUUCUCCAUCUACACAGGGCUGGUGUACAAUGAGGCCUUCUCUAUGCCCACAACACUGUUCGGGGACACAAAAUGGGUGUGCCAGAAUGGCACACAGGAUGACUGGACAGCGGUGGACAUCAGAUUUUGCCAUGGAAGAAACCUGACUUUUCUCAAUAACACGGACCCUUAUCCCUUGGGUCUGGACCCAGCUUGGCAUGGGACCAAAAACGAGUUGACAUUCACGAACUCUCUCAAAAUGAAGAUGUCCGUGAUAUUUGGCGUUCUGCAUAUGGACUUGGGGAUUGUCAUGUCCUUGUUCAACCAGCAGUAUUUCCAAGACAGCCUCUCGAUUUGGUGUGAGGUCGUCCCUCAGCUGCUGUUUUUGAACUCCAUAUUUGGAUACCUGGCAUUCAUGAUCGUGUAUAAGUGGUCUGUCAAUGCCAACUUUGCCUACCAAUAUCCGCCUCCACUCGAGACUCCACUCAACAAGGGGACAGCCGAUCUUUACAACGUCAUGAUCAACAUGUUUCUGAGUCCUGGGCAUGUUGACGAUGCUGGGAGGCUGUAUGACGGCCAGGGAGCCAUCCAGGGGAUCCUCAUAUUUGUGGCAUUCAUUUCUGUGCCCUGGAUGCUGCUGCCAAAGCCUCUCAUACUUCGCAAAAGGCAUAUGGCAGGGAGGCUGGGGAGAUCUCGCACUGGCUAUAGUUCGGUGGCUAAUGCAGAUGAUUCUGAUGAUCAGGAACUGCUUGACGACGAUGAGCCAAACUUUGGUGCCGCACAUGGGGGUGCAGAAGCUGCUGCUGGUGUAUUCAAUUUUGGGGACAUCAUGGUGCACCAGAUGAUCCACACCAUUGAAUUCGUCCUGGGCGCUGUCUCUAACACAGCAUCAUACUUAAGGCUGUGGGCGCUCACCCUUGCACACUCGCAGCUCAGUGUGGUGUUCUACGACAGGGUGCUCAUGAUGGUAGUCAGCAUUGCAGCCGAUGAGGCCUCUGUGGCACGUUCAGUUAUCAUGAUACUUACAGGCUUUUUUGUAUUUGCAAUGGCCACCCUUGGGGUCCUCAUGGUCAUGGAGUCCUUGUCAGCCUUCCUUCACGCACUGCGUCUCCACUGGGUGGAGUACCAAAAUAAGUUCUACAAUGGCGAUGGCUACAAGUUCAUUCCUUUCAGCUUUGCCAAUGUGGGGAAGGAGGACCUUUGA